GCCUCCAGCUGAAACCGCUGCAUGUGGCUUCCCGCAUCCCUGGCCCUGUGACUCAGGCCAUCUGUAGGGAGCAGCCCUGUUCUUGGCAUUCACGGGGAAGAGGGGGCAGAGGGAGGGGGGCUAGGUGGUGACAUCACGGUUGAAAGGGUAUAAAUGCUUCGAGCCAAAACAGAAUUGAAAUUGAAGAUACUGACAAAACCUGACUGCGCAGCCUGUGCUCCUGGGGACCCUUCAGCCUGAUAACCACAGACGUCUCGUCGUAGAUUCCCGCGGCAACAAGGCCUACCACUGGUGAGGGGCUGCGUCGGGCCAGAGAGGAGUGGAGGGAGGUGGGACAGGCUGGAGGGACCAGGACUCCAUCCACAGACUCCAUGCUGGGUUCUCCCUGCCUUCUGUGGCUCCUGGCUGUCACCUCCUUGGUGCCCACAGCGGAGCCCUUGACCCCUCAAGACUUUGAGGAAGAGGAGGAAGAUGAGACAGCGUGGCCACCUUUCCCAGCUGUCCUCUGUGACUACGACCGUUGCCGGCACCUGCAGCUGCCUUGCCAAGAGCUGCAGAGGGCCAGCCCGACGCCCUGCCUGUGCCCCGGCCUCUCCAGCCCGGCCCUGCGGCCGGAGCAGCCGCGCCUGGGCGAAGUGCGCGUGGUGGCCGAGGCCGGCCUCGCGGUGGUGCACUGGUGUGCCCCUUCUUCCCCGGUGCACGAGUACUGGCUGCUGCUUUGGGAAGGCAGCGGGGCUCCGCAGAAGGGUCCCUCCCUCAACUCGACCGUCCGCAGGGCAGAACUGAAGGGACUGAAGCCUGGGGGCGCUUAUGUCGUUUGCGUGGUGGCUGCUAACGCGGCCGGAGAGAGCAGUGUGCCCUGGGCGGAUGGCAAGGGCAUCGAGGGCGCCGACGGCCCAGCCUUCGGGCCCUGCGGCCGGCUGACCGUGCCCCCCAGGCCCCAGACCCUGGUCCACGCGGCCGUGGGCGUGGGCACGGCGCUGGCCCUGAUGAGCUGCGCCGCCCUGGUCUGGCACUUCUUCCUGCGCCGGCGCUGGGGCUGUCCCCGCCGCACGGCCACCCGACCUGCCACGGGGCUCUGAACUGCCUCGGGGCAUCUCCGGCCAAUCCAAGCCAGUCCAGGUUCAGGAGGAGGUGGCGGCCCGCUGCUGCCCCGCGCAGCCUGGACGGGAGCAGAACUGAGUCUCUUGCUCGAUCUGAGAGCUCGUGGAGGUCCAGACUUUCUGCUCUGCCCCAGGCUGAGGUUUAGGAAGGAGAGAGGGUCGGCAGCUGUUUGAAGAGACCAGACAGUAACUAAUUUAGGCUUUGCGUUCCAGAGGAUAACAUGGAAGAUAUUAUGGAGGUACUUCUAUAAGCAUGUAACCUUUUAAAAAUGCAAAAAACAUUCUUAGCUCAUGGGCCUUAGAAAUCAGGCCCAGAAGGGGUUGGCUAUAGUUAGCUGACCCCUGUCAUACACACUCAAAAGGGCUCAGCCACUGCGGGGGGGUCUUCAGUGGGAGUCUGAGAAUAAGCUGCAGCAGGAUGAGAGCUUGAAGCCAGAAACCACUCCUUCUCCUGCCUUUUGUUCAGAUAUUGAGGAGGGGCACCCCUGAGUCAAAAUCCACCUGUGUCUGAGGCAGGUAGAAAUAAAUGACUGAUGUGGGGUGGAGAAGAGAGGGAUUGCCCAAGCUGCUGUCUGGGACAAGCUUGCAUUUUUGCUGGUAAAAAAAUGAUAAUAAUACAAUAAUACUGAGGGAUUUCCCCCACUUUACCUCCAUGUGUGUUUAUUGUAUAUCCACUGUCACAUUAAAGGAAACAUAAAAGACA